CUCAUCCGCAAUUGGACGCCAGCCGCUGAAGAUGAGGCCCUCAUAUACGUGCAGGCAGUGCCUAUCCCUCAUCAAGAGCUCACGAUCCCAAUUGAGGCCGUCGCAGGCUCUCCGGCCCCUCUUGCAGCAUAGCCCAGCGCAGCGAAAUCAUUCCACCAAAGGCCCUGCCCAAACUAAGCUCGCCCUCCCCCGAAGAAGCCUCUCUACGACGCCGCAGCGAAGCCUCGAGAAGCCGUUUGAGCCUUAUGAAUAUGUCGAUCCAGAAGGCAUCCGCCGCAAGCUCCUUCUGACGGAAGACAACCUUUUCAAUUCCUUCACAAACUCGCCCAUACCACAGAUCCGCAAACGCGCUGCGUUCAUGCGCCAACAUGCCUACUGCCCGCAUCCUUCGCAUCAACCGACGCGCGCAGCAAAGAACCCCAUGGACCUCGAAGCCCGCAAAUCCUCGUCAACUGGCGCCCCGCCCGCACAUGUCGAUUUCGAGUGCCCCGACUGCGGCAUACCCGUCUACUGCUGCGAAGAGCAUUGGGCUGACGACUACGAGGCACAUUUGGAGGUGUGCGAUAUCCUCAGGCAGAGUAACGAGGAUGAUCACGAUCUGAGGAGUGGGCGCUUCUUCAAGGAGUUUCAGUUUGCCGAGCCGCAGAUGGAGGAGAUUCUGGUCAACAUGACGAGCUGGGAUACCUAUCUCUACACCCGAGAUUUCGACGCUCUCAACGACGACCGGGAGAUGCGGCAGGCGACCAAGUUGCUGACAUACCCAAUGACCAUUGCCAGCAUCAUCAAUGAGCUGAGUCCAUACAACAUUCGCAAGAACGGCAGGAUGACGCCCGAGGGGCUCAAGAGCUUCAGUGCCCUCCGACAUACCCUUCAUCCUCCCCGAACUGGCGGAGGCGACUCCUGGAAAAACGUCCGCCUCGCGCCCCCCUCCGUGCGUCUCUUCAUCCUCGGUGCUCGUGCCGAAUCCUCCCUUCCUCGCGAAACGUGGAUGCAGCUCGCCUACCUCUUCCACCGUGUUCAAUUCUCCAUAAACUUUAUCGGGCCCGAGUCUAUGGCGAAUCGCGAGAAGGAGCUCCCUUUGCCCGAGCGUACGCCCUUGAACCCAUUCGGCGCCGUCGUCGAAGACCGCAUUUCGAAUGCGAUGAAGAUCAGUACCUUCGUUGAGUACUAUCAAAAUAUUCACAAAAAGGGACAUUUCUACCCCUAUGACCCGUACUUCGACUGCUUUGUGGUAUUCCAUCCUGGUUUCGGCAACCCCGCCUCGAUGCACGAGUGGGAAGAGACACUACCCCUGCUCCUGGAGACGAAAUGUCCAAUCAUUGCGACAGGAUACUCGCCGUGGGAUAUGCAGCAAGACGUCGACUUCUUGAACAAGAGGCAUGGCAAUGAGAUGGACAUGCUCCUCGAACCUGGGGAGAACCUAUUCCGAAGUCUGCGCUGGGACCUCAACGAUCUGGAUCCCCACGAUGUUACAUGCAGCAAUUGGGGUGUGUAUGCUUUCCGAGGCAAGAGGUACGAGACCACGAAGAAGGAAGAGGAUGAAGAGGUGCACAGCGAGCGGACAGCAUAAGUGCAACGUGUAUUAUAGAUAUCUAUCAGCAUGUAUAAUAUGUAAACACUUUGUGUGCGCCUAGAUGUUCUGGAUCUUUACUACGCCAUGACAGCGGCCAUUCGAAGCUACUCAGGCGUGAUACUCGGUCGGGCAAGUCAUCCGCUGAUAAACAGUAGCAGCAGAAGUGGUGUGUUUUACGUCCACACUAUGAUGAUAUCUCACGAGUCACCACACUCAUGGAUCAAUGUGAUUUCGCAGCAGCAUAGAAGGCUAGUGUGACCAAGUGGACAAGUGGGUAGUGAAAAGGGAAAAUUGUCCACCCCUAAUUUCCAGAACCUUUGUUACGAUUUAGUUUUGCAUACACCACCUGGAAGAAAAAGAUGGCCCAACUUGAAGUAGUCAAUAGUGGCGAUGUACAAUACUC